UUCCAUUUCAUUCGUCUCCGAGUCGCGACGCCUGCAGGUACCGCCGCGCCGCGCCACGUAAACAACCGCCGCGAGUGAACUCAUUAGGACCCAGUGUUCUGUGCAAGGAAUCUGAAGUGUUAUCCUAAAUCAAAAUGGGUUGUGGUACGAGUUUUGUGAAAUAUGUGCUGUUCUUCUUCAAUCUGUUGUUUGCGCUCAUCGGCCUGGCCAUGGUGGGCAUCGGCGUGGCCGUGCUCCUGAACUGGGGCCUCAUCAACGAGGUCCUGCAGAAGAGCAACCUGACGGUGGCGCCGUGGCUGUUCAUAGUGCUCGGCGCGGUCGUGUUUGUGAUCGCCUUCUUCGGCUGCUGCGGCGCUAUACGGGAGAGCCAUUGCAUGGUCGUCACGUACGCGAUCUUCCUGCUCGUGAUCAUCAUCGUGCAGGUGGCGCUCGCGGUGCUGCUGUUUGUGUACUCGGAGAGCAUCCGUGAAGCCCUCCACAAGUCCGUGGACCACAUGUUCCAGACCGCCAAGACCGACAAGAUCUCUAGGGAGACCUUCUCGAACAUUGAGAUUCAGCUGGAAUGCUGCGGCAGCAACGGCCCCACCGACUACCUGUCCCUACGCUUCCCGGACUCGUGCUGCACGCGCGGGCGCGGCGUCAUCGGCACGCUGGUCAACUCGUGCGAGAUCACGUCCGCCAACACCGUCGGCUGCGCGGCCAAGGUCGGCGACCUGUACCAGACGUGGAACAAGACUAUUGCUGGAGUCGCUAUUGGGGUUGCUUGUGUUGAGGUGGUGGGCGCCCUGUUCGCGCUGUGCCUGGCCAACUCCAUAAGAAACAUGGACAGAAGGUCUCGCUACUAAUAAUUUGUACAUUACAACUGAUAUGCCUAAAACGAAUACAUUCGAAUAUUCGAGAUAGAACAAGAAGAAUCGAAAAUCUCAUCACGCAAAUUUACAGAUCGUACAAGAUUUAACUACUUAUUAAGUAUUUUUAGCACAAGACCCACCUUUCUUGAACUUCCCUUUUAAAAACGCUAGGACAGUGUUUGCUGAUAUUCUGUGGGCCACAGUUUUUAUUAUGUUAUGAGGUUGGAAAACUAACUGUAGAUGGCAGCACCAUAGUUUUGUUACACUUUUGUGAUUGGUACAUUCAGUGGCCAUUUUGAUAAAAACAUCUUCUCAUUGCAUAUAAAUAUUGUAUGGAGCUGCCAAUGAAUUUACAGUUUUUCAGCCAUACCAAUUCCCUUGAAGUAUGAUUUUUGAGUUAUUAGUAACUCAUUUAUUAUUAUAUUGAGUUGUUUACUCCAGACUUUCCCUUAUUCGUUGCACAUGGCAAAAGAACUAUAAACUUUAAACAGUCUUAUUAUGAUGUUUAUUACUUACUAAAUGAUAUUUUCUUAAAUGUUGUAUGUUGUACCAAUGUACCUACGUCCAAAUUAUAAACAUGUUGAAUUAAAUUAAUGUAUAAUGCAUUUCUAUAAGAUGUGAUUUAUAUGUAUAUGUUUCACUCUUGUAAAUAUUUUUAUUGAGAUGUCUGGAACAAGUGUCGUGAAUCUCUUCGUGCAUGUCAGUGGUAACUGCUUUGUGAAUGAAUUAUUAUGUAUUGUAUUACAACAAAUAAAUUUUCUACCACUU